AUGGCGCUCUCUCUGCGACAGAAGCAGAUAGGAAGAUCAUCGCCGGCACGCUACUGGAAUUUAUCUCUUCGCCUGUCUGCCUCACUUCCUCUUUGCCUCGCUGCCUCGCUUCCACACUGCCUUCUGUAUCCCUUCCAUCCCCUUCUAUUCUUCUUCCCCUGCUCACCGCUCCGCACCCCUCCAUCUUCACCGAACCUCACCCCUCCAUCUUCACCGAACCUUACCCCUCCAUGGCACCGCUCCUCACCCCUCCAUCGCACCGCUCCUCACCCCUCCAUCGCACCGCUCCUCACCCCUCCAUCGCACCACUCCUCACCCCUCCGUCCCACUGUUCGUCCGUGCGGACCUGACGCCUUCGUGCGCACAUCAAUCUCAACAGCCCCACCACACGCCUCUCUCCUCCUUGCCUACGCUUAUCCCUUCAACUCCCACUCACCGUUCCUCAUCCCUCUCGAUCCCACUGUUCGCCCGUGCGCACCACCAGACGCCAUCGUGCGCAUGCUCAACCUCAACAGCCCCGUUACAGUCACGGUGGGCGGCGGGCUGGCGUCAGACGGCGACGUGUACAAGGUGCUGCUGCUCGAUAAAUACUCCCGCGACCUCAUCUCGCCGCUCCUCAAGGUGUCCGACCUGCGCAAGCACGGCAUAACUCUCCAUCUGAUGGUCGAUGCAGACCGCCAGCCCAUCCCGGACGUCCCCGCAGUCUACUUCCUGCAGCCCACAGCGGGCAACAUGCAGCGCCUCGUGCUGGACGCCACGCGCGGCACGUACGACAAGAUGCAUCUCAACUUCACCUCCUCCGUGCCUCGCCUUCUCUUAGAAGACCUCGCAGCGGGUACCCUCAAGGCGAAUGCCCUACACCGCGUGGCAAGGGUGUUUGAUCAGUAUUUGGAGUUUGUUUGCCUUGAUCACGGGUUGUUUUCGCUCGGGCAGCCCGAGAGCUACGUGCGGCUGAACGACCCAAUGGCGAAGGACAAGGACGUGGAGGGGGCAGUGGAGAGUAUCGUGAACGGGCUGUUCUGCGUGCUGGUGAUGCUGGGAGUGGUGCCCGUGAUCCGCUGCCCGGAGAGAGGGCCAGCAGAGAUGGUGGCCAGGCAGCUGGAUGCGAAGCUAAGGGCGCACCUCGCCACACACAACAACCUUUUCAAGGAGGCAGCGGCAGGGGCGCUGGCAGCAGGAGCGGCGGCUGUGGCGUCUGGGGGAGGGGGCGCAGGAGCGGGGGCUGGGGGAGGGGGUGCGCUGGGGCUGUUUCAGCGGCCAUUGCUGUUCAUAGCGGAUCGGAAUUUUGAGCUGGCGGUGGGGGUGCAGCACGAGUGGACGUACCGUCCGUUGGUGCAUGAUGUGUUGGGGAUGAGGCUCAAUAGAGUGAGCAUUCACAAGGGAGGGGCGGCAGGGGGAGCCGGGGCAGGGAGCGGGCCGCUGUCGCCGGUGCUGAAGGGAGCUGGAGGGGGUGGUGGAGCCAAGGCGACUAGUUAUGAGCUCGAUGAUUCGGAUAGCUUCUGGGUGGCUCAUUCGGAGUCCCCGUUUCCCAAGGCAGCCGAAGCAGUGGACAUGCUGCUGUACAAGUGGAAGCAUGACAAGGAGCACAUGAACGCAGCAACCGUGGACAUGCUGCUGAAGAAGUGGACGCAGGACAAGGAGCAGGUGAACGCAGCCUCGCCCACGGGGGACGUGUUCUCAGAAGCCGAGGACGAGGACGUGAUGGGGCGCACGAAGCAGCUGUCGGCCGCCAUGAGCGCGGUGCCGCAGCUGAUGGAGCGCAAGCGAGUCAUCGACAAGCACGUCACCAUCGGCGGCACGCUCCUCGAGGAGAUCAAAUCGCGCGCGCUCGACGCCUACUUUUCCAUGGAGGAGGAUCUGCUCACGCGGGGCAGCACGGACCGGGCGGCGAUGCUCGACUUACUCAGGAAGAGGGGGUCCAAGGAGGAUAAGCUACGGCUGGCGAUAAUCUACCUGAUGGCGACGGACAAUGCGAGUGCGGGGGAUGUGGAGGCGGUGGAAGCAGCGCUGAGGGAGCAGCAAGUGGAUCUGGCCGCUCUGCAUUACAUCAAGCAGGUGAAGCGCGUCAACUCCAGCUUUGCUGCCGUGGCUGCUGCGGGGGGUGGGGCCGGAGGAGUGGGCGGCGUGGGCGGCAGCAAGGAUGAUCUGCUGGAUUGGGCCGGGCGGCUUGCUGGGCAGGGUUUGUCCCGUGUGACUGCUGGUGUGAAGAAUCUUUUGGCUGGGGGCAGGCAGCUGCAGCUGACCCGGGCAGUUGAAGCUCUCAUGGAGGGCCGGCCCGGGCAGGAUACGGAUUCUUUUCUCUGCCUUGACCCCAAGGCCCCCAAGGGGGGAAUCAGCAGCACAGCAGCAGGGGGCAGCAGGGGGGCAGUCCGGGACGCAAUUGUCUUCGUGAUUGGAGGGGGAAACUAUAUGGAGUAUGGGGGUCUGCAAGAGAUGGCAAGGAAGGCAGGAGCGGGGAGCGGUGCGGCAGGAGUGCGCACGGUGGUGUAUGGGACGACUGAGAUGCUGGCGGGGAGUCAGUUUGUGGAGCAGCUGUCGGAGCUGGGGAGGAAGAUGGGGUACAAGGCCCCUCCCCUCCCUGCGGAGUCUGCGGGGGGCGCAGCGGGUGGCGGGGGGGGUGCUGGAGGCCAUAGGUAG